AUGCACGCCUUGAUCUCUGGCAUCGAUUUUGGCUAUGGAACUUCCAAGCAACAUCCUACUAUGAGACAGUUUAUCUUAAAGGAUUUCGACAACCAACCAACCGAGUUCAUGCAGAUCGCUCAGCCAGUUCCCAGUCCUCCGAUUUCCUUGCUCAGUGGAGUAUUGGACCAUGUGCAGAUGGUCGUGUAUCAAGCAUCCUUUUCUCUUAUGGCCUUUGGUCACGACGCGCUGAAGAUCCGUGAGAUUCUCAUUCGCAUGGCCCUCUCCGACAACUCGCCGUCUGCCACCGCAAUACUCCAGUCCACCUUAGCCCUAGCUUCAUAUCAUCGAGAUAAGGACCACUCCCAAGCAGAUCGACUCAAAAUCGCGGCUCUUCGGGCCUUGGCAGCAUCUACCCAGGGUGUCAUUGGCGCAGAUGAAUCCUUUCGUCAUAUUGCUGCAGGGAUGCUCCUCUGCACUCUGGAGAUUUACCAAAUCUCGGCGGCAUCAAGUCAUUGGCUGUGGUAUGUAUGCGGCUCGAAAAAGAUCAUCAAGAGCGCCAAACUCGACGAGAGAACUCCAACCAACGACACUACCACACUGAUAGGCUGGGUCCAUUACUCUGACGUGCUGGCUCGUUUCAGCUUGCGUCACUGGCAACCAAAUCUCUUAGAGGCUACAGGUUUUGCCAUAGGAGCACAUUUCAAACCCUUUCAACCUGCACCCGCGCAUCUAGUAGGUCCUCCGCAUGAGGUCUUAUAUCUCCUGUCCGAAGUGUGCGAUACCGUCGUUGAACCCUCGGAUCCACGUUUCCACGAAAGUGACUACCAGCAAUAUCUCAAACUCCUAGAAUGGAAAUUACGGAGGAUCGAUAUUUCAACCAACGAGAAUAAUACUCUAACUGAGGGGUCACGUUUGAAUUCCGACAGAGCAGUUGAACUCUACCAGCUGGCGACCCUGAUCUACCUCAAACGUGCAUCAGCAGAAAAUCCCAAGGGGAAAUCACGUCUUCCAGAAUGGAUCGAAAGGUCUUUUGAUAUCCUUUCACAUUUAGAACAUUGCCAAUGGCCCUUCCCUCUCCUGAUACUUGGUUGCGAGGCGCGAACAGACGACCAACGAACCAUGAUUCUUGACCUCAUCUCCAAAACAGAGAGCAAUAUUCACUUUCGGAAGCUGGACUCUGUCAGGAUGAUGAUUCAACGAAUUUGGGUUCAGAACGAUCUGAUUGAGGAGGAAUUCAACUAUGUGCACAAGCUCGGUGCUGUGCUCAGUUCGGCAAACAGGGCUGUCCCAGCACUUGUUUAG